AUGAAAUGGUUUGGAAGAACAAUUUAUACACAGGUCAAUGGAACUGAGCAGGACGAUCAAAUCGAUGUCGAUCAAAUCUCAUUCACAAGUUCAUGCUCAUCUGGCGAGAAUCAGAAGUUCGAGCCAACGCCCACGUGUCUGCCAUCGCCGGAUAAACAACCGGAUUUGAUCUCUUUUGAUAGCGCCGAACUGCCAAGAGCCACCGAAUCGCCUGUCGACUUCUGUCGUGAUAGUUUACCAACGGAGAAAAUCGUCGGGAGUGCUCCUGGACCAUCAAAAUUACUCGAUGAAUCGCCGAAAUUUGGUAAUCCCGAAGAAGAAGAAGAAGAAGGUGUAGAUGAGGAGGAACCCAUUAAAGAGUCAAUAUUUGUAAGGAAUUCGGUGUUUUGGUUCAAUGAUGAUGAAGUGGAUAAGGCGAGGAUAAAAGUGCGCUGCUCGAAUCGAGGAAGGGUUUGCCGAUUUCCGAAUGAUGUUGAUGAUGAUCAUAUGGAAACUGUUUGUAGAUCUUUGCAAGUAACCAUGGGUCUCACCGCACGAUCAGCAUGGCUUAAUGAAAUAUCUAACGAUCCUUAUUUAUCUUCUUUAGCGAAAGAGCUUGAUCAAAGUUUCGCGCUGACGAAUAUUUUCGGCGAGCCUAGUUCAGAAAUCGAUCUCACUAAACCUUCCAGCUCGGAAGAUUCUCGAAAUCACGCACCGUCGGCUUCGUCGUUGUCGUCGGCGGCUUCGGGCGCAUUCAAUAUUAAAGAAGCGCCGCCGGAAAAUGGUAGAAACGAGACGAAAAUUGUGCGAAUUGUGGUGCCGGGACGGCCGGGAAUCGAGCCGAUCGAGAUUCGACGACGCGUGAACACGAGUUGUGAGCAGGUGUGCUCGGCAAUCAUCAAGCAUUCCAUUGAGUGUGAUGAGCCGAGAGAUUCGAGAAUGAAAGUGCUCAUGAAUAGAUUUGCAAAAGUCGAAAAAUGGAUUGACGAGGUCCGCCCUGAGAGUCGCCACCACGAUAAUUAUGCUCCAGAAGUUCCACCGCUGGCCGAGGAUUGGAUCCUUCACGUCCAGAAGGUGAUUCCGAUUCGUGUUGGAAUUAAAGCGCAACACGAAAAAUGCGCGUGUUGCCGCCAAUACAUCUACAUGACGUCGACGGAUUCGACGGCUCCGGCGAAAUUCUGCGAGUAUUAUGGUCUCUAUUUCUGUCAUUUGUGUCAUGCUGGCGAGAAAAGCAUUGUACCAUCGAAAAUUCUCACCGCUUGGAAUUUCGCCGAGGUUCCGGUUUGCGAUAGAGCUUUAAGGUUUUUGAACGCUGUUCGAGAGGUUCCCGUGUUCCGAAUGCGAAUCGUUGCACCGGAAACGGUGAGAAAAACAAAAUUGUUGAGGCAUGUGAUGGAUUUGCGGCUCAAAUUGCGCCAUAUGGAGCAAUUCAUUAAAGUUUGCUCGGCGGCAGCUAAUCAAAUCACCGAAUAUGGAAAUUUGGGCACAAUGUUCGCCGUUUUGGACCGUUAUCUACUCGACUGUGAUGAUUUGUUCUCACUAAACGAUCUUCUUAGGGUUUAUAAUAAGGAUCUUCCAUGCCUGUUGGAGCCGAUUGCGAAACACGCGAGAGCUCAUAUAAUGAAUUGUAAAGGAUGUUGCGCGAGAGCUCAUGUUUGUGUUCGAUGUAAUGAAUUGUCGGAUAGAUUAUUCCCAUUUGAGGAUCGGGUUAAUAGAUGCGACGAGUGUGGCGGCCUUUCGCAUGCUCCGAAAUGCCCAAGACGCGAUGUUCCCAAAGAUUCGGCGUGUCCGAAAUGCGCGAGAAUCUCGAAGACUCGAAGUCGCCAACGAAUUCUUGCGAAUUCGCUCGCCGAAUGGUCGUUUCCCGUCGUAUGGUCGUCGCUCGUGAUAUUGUUCAUCCUAAAGUACAUCAUUAAGAAGCCGUGGGGUGUUCAUGUUCAAUAUCGAGACGCGGUUCGUCGGAAUGAUUUGAAAAGACUGAAAGGAUUUGAAGAUUUUGAAAAUGCCACCCUUCCAAACGUUGUCAUAAAUGAUGAAAGAAUAAAAGCGAAUCGUGAAAAUCUGGAGGAACUCAAAGAAGCUUUUAGAAGAAUUGUGAGCCUUCCCUUAUUGGAGUUAAGAGAAAAAUUGCAAAAUGGAGAGUUGAACGCGUUCACUGUCCUUUGCGCAUAUGUCCAUAAGGCAAUGGAGGUUCAGAAGCGCAUUAAUUGCUGUACUGAAGUAAUUAAGGAGGCCUUUGAUUAUGCGACGGAAGCUGAUCGCAAAUGGGAGAAUUCUAAGGAGAAGCCGCCACUUUACGGAAUUCCCUUCAGUGUGAAAUCAAAUUUUUAUAUGAAAGGCUAUGAUUGCUCAAUUGGAGUGGCGAAGCUUCUGGAUCAACCCAAAGAUCAAGACACCCCAUUUGUGGCGCAUUUGAUAAAUCUUGGAGCGGUGCCGUUUGUUCUAACCAAUGUGCCCCAGGGACUGUUGUCGUUUGUCUCCUCGAACACGGUUUAUGGAACAACGCUGAAUCCGCAUGAUCUGACACGAGUGCCUGGCGGAUCGUCGGGUGGAGAAGCUGCUCUUCUUGCUGGCGGCGGUUCGGCGUUUGGCACCGGCUCGGAUCUCGCUGGAUCUCUUCGAAUUCCGGCGUCGUUGUGCGGCCUAACCACGCUGAAGCCGACUCAGGAUCGAUUUGUGGUGACGCACACGCAUGGCGGUGUGCCUGGAAGAGGACGACUUGGAUUGAGUUUUGGAUUCUUCACGAAAACCGUCGAAGAGCAGAUUUUCCUUUUGAAAUUGAUUGUCGGAUCGGAGGAAUAUCGAAAAUUGCUGCCACAAUCGCCGCCGGCACCGCUGAGAAUGGAGAUUGGCUAUUUUGAGGCGGAUGGAUUCUGCCCGCCAGUUCCGUCACAUCGUCGCGCAGUUCUCGACACAAUCGAAAAACUGAAAAAAGACGGUCAUCAGGCGGUGAAAUUUGACAUUCCGCGAGUUAUGGAAGCUGCACUUCUUUUCUAUAAAAAUGUGAUGCCUGACAGCGGAAGCUAUAUGAGAUCGAUUUAUGAGAAUGAGGAGAUUGAUGAGAACAUGAAGCAAUUUGUGAUGCUUCUUAAAGUGCCAAGAACACUUCGAUGGGUGGCUGCGAGAAUUUUGUCGGGAAUCUCUCCGCAAAUGUCUCUCAUUUGUGAUGCCUAUAUGAGAGACGUUGAAGAUGUGCGGUACACUCAGGAGCUCACUGACAAAUAUCGAUUGGAUUUUAUCAAAUAUUGGAAGGAGUUGGGCAUUGAUGUUCUUGUGUGCCCGUCAUUCAUCGUGCCCGCGGUUCCUCACAAAUAUCCGUCGAAGUUGUCAACGGCUGGAUUCGCCACUGGAUUGUUCAAUCUGCUUGAUUUUCCGGCUGGCGUCGUCCCAACCGGUCAUGUGACUAAUGAGGACGACGCUGACUUGCAUGAUGAUAAGUUCUUCAAUGUUGGCUAUAAUCCGAUACUAAAAGUUCAGCGGGAAGCGGCCUCGUGCUCGGUGGGACUUCCGAACUCUGUGCAAAUCGUCACAUUGCCUUAUGAAGAAGAAAUGUGCCUUCACGCGAUGAAAAUUGUCGAAGAGCUGUGGAAAUGCAACUAA